UCCAUAGAGAGGAAGCGGAUAAGAAAACGAGCCACUCGUCUCAUUCCCACAGUUCUUCUUCUUCUUCUUCUUCUUCACAUGAAUCUCUGAACUCAGAGCGGCAACAAUGGCGGUCGUAUCAUUUUCAUCACCUUCAACCUCAACAAGCCAUCCCAUCUUCAGCAACAAUCCUUCUUCUUCUUCAUCUCCGAGACUCAGAACUUCUUUCCUCGCACUUCCUCCUCCCAAAUCCCACCGCAACAACUUCUCGCUUCGUCUGCAAUUUCCUAGGCCAAGCACCGCUACACGCACCAACCAUGGCCUGUCAAUUUGUAUGAGCAUGGAGGCCGGCAUUGGAGUAAUGGCCACCAAGCUUGGAAUGAUGAGCUUCUUCGAGCCGGACGGCAAGGUCGUCCCUGUCACCGUCGUCGGUUUCAAGGAAGGCAACAUUGUCACGCAGGUUAAGACGGAGGCCACGGACGGAUACAGUGCCGUUCAGGUGGGAUAUCGUAGGGUUAGGGAUCGGAAACUCACCAAACCCGAAUUAGGGCACCUCCAGAAAGCGGGAGUGAUUCCUAUGCGCCAUCUGCAGGAGUUUCGCCUGCAGUCUGUUGAUGGAUUCGAGCCCAAUCAGCGCAUGGAUUUCAAUGAACUCUUCAAGGAGGGUGAUCUGGUUGAUGUCUCCGGCAUUACAAUUGGAAAGGGAUUUCAAGGUGGAAUCAAGAGGCAUAACUUCAAAAGGGGUCCAAUGAGCCACGGUUCGAAGAGCCACAGAGCACUCGGAUCAAUCGGUGCAGGAACUACACCCGGACGCGUGUACAAGGGGAAGAAGAUGCCCGGAAGGAUGGGAGGAACCAAGACAAAGAUCAGAAAACUCAAGAUUGUGAAGAUUGAUGAUGACCUUAAUGUUGUGAUGAUCAAAGGAGCUGUCCCUGGUAAGCCUGGAAACCUUCUUCGAAUAGCCCCUGCAAAGAUUGUAGGAAAGAACAUUCCUAAGAAUUAGCUUUUGCUCUCAUCUGUCGGAAUUGUGUUCUUCAAUUCUUUUUGUAUUUUUGAGUUGUUGCAUCUCUUCAACUGGCUAUUGUAUUAUGAUAAGUUUACAGUUAUAUUCUCCAGAAAAUGUUUGAUUCAUUUCCAGUUGCUCAUCAGUUGGGGAUUAGACUUCUUAGAGGUGAUGUGUUGGAGAAUGGAGAUUUCUAAAUUUGGUUAAGAAA